AUGGAGAAGAAAAUGAUGGUUAUCGCUGGACUGGUGACUAUGGUCGUCGUCCUCAAUGUAUGUCCUGCAAAUGGAAGGUGUGACGCAGAGAUAACGGAGAUGUUGCCCUGCGGCUCGUUCAUUAUGGGCCCUGCCAUAGGGAAACCCCCUCCGGAGUGUUGUGAAGGUGUAAAGAAGGUGCUUGAUGGAGCUAAUAACGAAGCGAAGCGCAGGAGUCUUUGCCAAUGUUUGAAAGAUGAAGCUAUUGGUGCUGGUCUAAGAAUCAUCCCCGGAAAACUUAAGAACAUUACUGGACCUUGUGAGAUCAAACUUCCAAUUCCUAAAAGUCCCAAUGUCGACUGCAAGAAAAUUCCGGUGUUUUAA